AUGACUCUCCUGAUAAGUGACCGAAAGGCUUUCAAUGGCAAUUGCGCGAGGUUAUUCCGUGAUUCAAAUAGUACAUUAACGACGGAUAACGAUCAAUAUUACCCCAGAAGUAACUACCAAGCAGUUACUACUCGUCAUCUUGGAGACGACUCAGAUCUGGAACAUGAUUAUCAUAUAAACAUGCAAGAACAAAACAAAAAUAAUAUGCAAAAAUUGUUGAAAAGUCAUACGAGGCCAGUGACAUUCACAAAGGCUCAGCAGAUGAGACGCUCAAUUCCCUCAGAUCGUUUUUCAAUAUCCAUUGUGUGCUGCCACAACAGGGAUUUCCGAUGGUUCGUUCCUCUUGUUGCACCAAAUGUUCCAAAAGGACAGCAAUCGCACCUGCUUGGCGAGAUUCCUUCGCCGUUUGUCACAGCGGUUGGGCGACACGCGCUACAUCCCGGUAGAGUUCUUUGUCGCAUCAAGUCGUCACCUCCAUUCAUCGUUAUCUUGCAUCGGGGUCUGUCAAGUUGUGGUGUUCAGAAUCUUCGGUGGAUCGGUUUCAAACUCAUCUGCUCAUCUCUUUCUUCUUACACGUUUCAUCCUCAUAUCCGAAGAGUAGUAUCCUAG